AUGCCGGCCGUUGCGCAGUCUGGGGCGCACCCCUCGGACCAAGAUUCGGCUGCCUCCGCCGCAUUGAAAGUGCACCGAGACUACUCACAGAACUCGACAAGCCAAUCGAGCUCUAUCCUCGACAAGGACGGUCGCCUGUCUACUGCAUCUGCUGCCACUUCGUUGAAAUAUGCCCGCGCGCAGGAUCUGCCCUCGUUCCCAUCUCAAGGAGGCGUCAAACUAGCUUCCGCUGGUGCCGCUGCGAGUCUUGCAAACGACAAUCAGAAGCCCUUCGAGCACUGGAAACCCGACGCCAUCCCAGCUGCGAAUAAGGCUGCGCUUCAGGCGAAAGACUACAAGAUGAAUCCAUUGUGGCAACCAGAGGCCAGUAAAGCGAGCUCGAAAGCUGCCAUGCAAGCGCAUAGUAACACAACGAGCCCCUCGAUAUGGAAGGCCUCGGAGACUGAGCAUGGCAUGUCGGCCGCUGGUCAAGCGCAUGCCUCACAGAAACCGGUCAAGCCUAUCACCAACCGCGAUGUCGCACCCAGUGAUCAUAGAAAAGCUUUGCUUGCUGCGACUGGUGCUAUGUCUGGCAAUCGGCGGAGAUCAGGAUCAGCACCCAUGGCGCCUCAAGCAGCAACACCGCCAUCGCAGUGGGCUCUGAAAGCAGCCAACUCAACCCGUUUGGCAAGUCCGCGUGCAGCCGAGUUCGCUGCUGGCGACCCUGGCUUCGAGGCCGCAAGAAUACAGAACAUUGCUAAGAACAACGUGAAUCGACAGAUGUACGGAUCAGCACCACCUGUAUCGAUCGAGGUAGAAGAAAAGGCCAGACAGGACAUGCUCAAAGCUUCAGCAAUAGCAAUGGCGAAGAAGAUGUAUGCGAUCCAACAAAGUCACAUCGAUGACGCGAAAGGCUGCAAGACGUCUGACAGCAUGUCCGGAGCCCGCGUCGCUCGAAACCGUGCCAUGUCAGAUGCGUCCAGCAGCUUUGGCAGUUCUGACGCUGCACCAGGCCGUGGCUACGAGAACUUGCAAGAGGCUGCCACAAGACUAGCACAGGAAAAGCUAGCCAAGCUCCACGACGAGCAUGCAGAGUAUCGGCAGUACUACGGUCAGGGUCAACAGCCAUCAUCACCACGCAGCAAGUUUGCUUUGGGUCGCAGUCACCGGCGAACUAACAGUUACAACAAUGACAGCGACGACUCAGACCAAGAAACUGCUAAGAAGAUUCGAUCUCAACAGUCGCUCUUCAACAGUAAGCUGGCAGAAGUCGAUAGCAAGAAGCGGCAGGCCGACAGAGAUGCUCUACUACAGGCAGCACAUCGGAACGUUACAGCCCGCCUAAACAAGAUGGACGAGGAUGUCUUCAGUGAGACCGGAAAGUCAAGUCCACAACAGCGAGAGCUUUGGGAGCGCCAGGCCCGCGAAAGAGCACAAAGAGACAGCGAUGCUCGCAUGAUCAACACGGGUAGAAUCCAUGUCGGCGGUGGGAAAUACAUGGACCAGUCGGAAAUCGAUGCCAUCGCACAGGCGAGACUGCAACCAACCUUGGACGAUAUCACCGAGAAGGCUGAGAAGCAGCGAGCUCUGGAUGAAGAGAACAGACUAGAGCAAGAGCGGAUCAAGGCUGAAGCACUGAAGGAGAAGCAGCGGCAGGCGGAGGUCAAGCAGGAGCUCAAGGAGACCCAGAAUCGUGAGAAGGCCGAACAGAAAGCCGCCCGAAACGAAGAGAAGCGCGUUCAGAAUGAGAAGAUCGCCGCAGAGCGCGAAGAGGCGCGUGUCAAGAGAGAAGCAGAGAAGGAGAAAGCCCGUACUGAGAAAGAGGAGAAACGUCAAUCUUCAGGCAAGAAGGCUGCAGGUGGCUUCUUCGGCUCGAUUGGACGUGCUGGAGCUGGAGGCGCCGCAGCUGGAAGUGUAGCACUGGCUGCUGGAACUUCUGGUCGUGCUCCGGUUGUGGACGCAGCGGAGACAAAGGCUGUUGAGCCCACUAGUCCGACUGCGACACCCAUCAAAGUUGCGGCCGACGAGCCUAUCGACGCCGAGUCAACACAUCCUGCGGAGGUAGAUGCUGCCUCACCUGAGAGUCUGCUCGAGAAGACAUCGAGCCCAUACGACCCGGUACGUUCUCCAGAUGCCACCCUGCCCAGCGAUGAGGCUCUGGCAUCUUCAGCAUCUCCCAAGAAGGACUCAAGAAUCAAGUCUUUCUUUGGUCGCCUACGAGGCAAGUCGGGAACCGGUGCGGAUCUUCAGGAAGGUCAGACUGGCCCCACAGCCGCCGAAGGUCUGACCAAGGAGACCACCGCAUCCACCGAAAAAGAGGAAGACAUGCGCCGAUCCGACUCCAUGCGAGACGUCGCUCUCGCUGGACGCACCAAGACCAACGAGUCUUCCGGCGAGGACUCCGACCUUUACGGCGACGCUGCGGAACGGCAAGAACCCGCUUCACCAGUGUCGCCUGUAGCACCAGUGCACCAUGCCGUCACUACCGAGGGACCAAGUAACGUCCACGACCCGGCAGUCGCCGCUCGUGUCGAGCGCAGUCCGAGCAUCUCGUCGCUGUCAUCCUCUGCUCCAUCUGUACACCAGCUCGACAACCCGCCCUCGUCAACAAUCGCUCCAGCCGCCGCUAGCCCCGCGGACACGACCAUCGUCGGAAGCACUUCACAGCCACCAGCGGCGGACAGUGGCAAGCCCUCGAUCGAAGCGGCUCGUACAGUCGACAGCGAAGAAUCCCGCGGCCGCCCUGGGUUCCGGCAACGUUUGUUGCAGAAAGUGAAGACUACACCAUCGAAGCUCUCCAAAUCUAAGCCUGCGGACAAGGACAACAAGAUCAGCAGCGCCACCUCGCCUACCGUCCUUGAGCCUGGACCCGAAACCGACGCUUCGGAUUGGGGUGCAGAGACCGAGGAUGCACUCAAGGCCAAGAAUGAGAGGCUGAUGGCGGUGCUACUACACAUGACAUUGGAGAGGGAGGAGGCGAGGGAUAGUUUUAAGGAGGAGACGCUUGCGACUGGGUCGGGGAAGAAGGUGGAACAUGUUGGUAGCCCGGUGGGAAGUGGGAAGGAGGGGAGUCGUUUUACGGAGGAUUUGUGA